AUGUUUGCUUUAGAACAGCUUACUUUUCAAUUCAACGCUGAACUCUUUCAACUGUCUUCGGACUGUUCGCAAUGGAUUCUGCUCUAUCCACGGCUCCUAUCGGUGUCCAUAUUUGAGCUGUCCACAAAUCGUCCAAGCAUAUUGCUGUUUGCUUCAUCUCGUUCACAUCUCGUUUUUCAUCAAGUUAUCGAUCUACCCAAAAAAUUUGAGGCUAUAGCUCGAGAAGUGAAACGUGUAUCACCAUGUUUUGCCUACUGGAGGUCUAAUAACGAUAUAUUUGGUGUGAACAUUGUUCGAAGUAAGGACUGUGACAGAUUCUGUGAACUGUUCAUUCGAAAUUUUACUGCCAGUAGCAGUAUGCAUCAACAUCUGACAAAUCUAAGUGAAACAACAAAAGCCGCUAAUUUCAAUCAUGAUUCCGAAACACUGCAGACUAUCAUGAUUCACGAUGCUGUUGUACAGCAUAGCGAUAACGAUACCAAACAUUGUAUUUUGCAGUUCCGGCUUCGGCCAACAUCGAUACGCAUUGGCAAUACAGCAGUUCCAAUUUGUCUGCAAUAA